AUGUCAUCAGUCGCAGCCGCAGAACGACCAUCUGCACAGCAAUUCAGAGAUCGCCAUGGGCACCAGAAACAGAAGCCUUUCCGCGAUGGCCAGGCCAUGAUUGGGCCUCCAGACUGUUCGUGGGCGAGCUUCAAGCGACCGCUUCUGAGAGCCUGUCCCUUGUCGCGGCAGGAAAUCAUCUGGCACGACAAGCUGGGCUACGGAGUCGAUGGAACUGUGUGGAAAGUAGAGAUUGAUGGACGCUUCUACGCGCUCAAAGUGUUCUGGGACAACAAGCCGCCCGAUGGCAUGCGCUACUGGGCCGUCCAGAGAGAAUGCCACAACGCCGCCCUGCUCCAAAUGAUUCGAACGGCCGUAGAGAAAGCAACCGAGCCCAUAUACCUCAAAAGAGAGCCGAGGACGUGGAGAGAUGCCGCCCGAAACCUUCACGCCUUCUCCACCGAGGGCAGCCGAGAGCCCAGAUUCCGACACGCGCCUGAUUCUAUCCCCGUCUCCAGCUCCUCGUUGCCGCGAUUCAGAGAAUGCUUCGGCUGGAUGUCGAUUAGCGGUGCAGAGCUGUGCAGUCUGGACCCCAAGCUCCGUCCCCACGGAGUUGUGCUGGAUCGCAUCAAGCGCGCCAUCUGGCCAUGGGAAAACUACUUUGCCAUCCUCUACGAAUUCAUAUCGCCCGACGAGCAGCCUGCUGUUCAAGAGACAGACCUCAUGCAAUCCCAGAUAGACUUUCUCUGGCGGGCGGGCUUCUGCAUGAUAGAAAGGCGCCUGGUAAACUGGAGGGGAGGCAUGUUGGUGGACAUGGCGGAUAUUGUGUCGCCUUGGCUCUUGGAGUGGGAACCUAUGCUUUAUAAUUGGUUUUCUGCUGAAGAUCUGGAAUGA